CCCUUGCGCAUGCGUAUUAGGCUUCAUCUUGACGGCCGGCUGGUAGCUGUCUUGUUGUUUCUUCUUGCAAAAAUUAAAAAUGCCGAACUGAUGUCGAGUAAAGCAGAAUCCUACAGUACAUCGAUCAGAACAUACGCCAAGUUCAUUUCUUCAUAUUGUAGAUAUAAUUAACAAGCUCGAGCCAUGAUGGGCUGCUGUUUUUGCCGAAGCUCGAGCUCGGAUGAGGCGAAGAAAACCAGCAACAAAAUCGACCAACAACUGAAGCAAGAUAAAGUUGCCUACAGAGCUACGCACAGACUACUUCUGCUAGGUGCGGGUGAGAGUGGAAAGAGCACGAUAGUGAAGCAGAUGAGAAUUCUCCAUGUUGACGGCUUCAACGAGCAGGAAAAAAGGGAAAGAAUCGAAGACAUUAAAAGAAAUAUCAAGGAGGCAAUUCUCACAAUUACUGGUGCCAUGAACACAAUUUUGCCUCCAGUCAAGUUAGAGAACCCUGCAAAUCAGUGGCGAGUGGACUGGCUCCAACAACAUGCCACGCAGGACGAUUUCAAUUAUCCAUCGGAAUUCUAUGAUCACGUGAAGAUACUUUGGAGUGAUAAAGGUGUUCAAGAAUGCUUCGAAAGGUCCAAUGAGUACCAACUGAUCGACUGUGCCCAAUAUUUCCUAGACAGAGUGGAUGGAGUAAGAAGGCCAGACUACAGCCCAAAUAAUCAGGAUCUGUUAAGGUGCCGUAUUUUAACUCGUGGCAUCAUUGAAACGAGAUUUCAAGUAGACAGAGUGAAUUUCCAUAUGUUUGAUGUUGGUGGCCAGAGAGAUGAGCGAAGAAAAUGGAUUCAGUGCUUCAACGAUGUAACUGCUAUUAUCUUUGUUGUGGCCUGUAGUAGCUACAAUCUGGUACUACGCGAAGACACGAGUCAAAACAGGUUGCGGGAGAGUUUAGAGCUGUUUAAAAAUAUUUGGAAUAACAGGUUCUUGAAAACAAUAUCGGUGAUCUUGUUUUUGAACAAGCAAGAUUUACUUCGCGACAAGGUCUUGGCGGGAAAAUCAAAAAUUGAAGAUUAUUUCCCAGACUAUGCACGAUACAGAAUACCAGAGGAUGCCAAAAGAGAGCUCGGGGAGGAGGAGGAAGUCACCAGAGCCAAGUAUUUCAUCAGAGAUGAGUUUCUGCGAAUCAGCACAGCAACAAGCGAUGGGAAGCACUACUGUUACCCACAUUUUACUUGUGCUGUCGAUACUGAGAAUAUUCGACGGGUUUUCAAUGAUUGUAGGGACAUUAUCCAGAGAAUGCACCUACGACAAUACGAACUACUGUGAACUAGAUGCCUACUGUGUCUAUUGGAGUAAACAACAACAAAUAUGUUUUCUGCCAAGGCGGCACCACGUAUGUAAAAAAAUCCUAACUUGAAAAUGGCGGUACCCCGUAUUCAAGAGACCUGUUAUUAUUGAAAAUAUGUAUAUUUGGAUCCUGGUUUCUGAAAGAGCCAUUUCUUCAUACAAAGGCACAGGCAUCGCACGUGACUACAACACGUAAUAUAUCACGUGACCAGAUCGUGUGCUCUUCAGGGAGUCUACUCUCUGCAGAAUUUCCACGCAAGCGUACAGGCCGCGGUAAUAGAGGGAGUUGUUCUGUUUCUUCUUAUUAGCUUGAUACGGUUGUAACCUAAUGGAAUAUUCCUCCGACGACUUUCCAGGAUGCUUCAACAAACAGAAAACUUCCUAAAUGAUAAAACGAAUCCAGGAAGCUUUAAAAUCCAUGAAAAUCACUUUUCAGAGAAUUUCCAAAACCCCUAAACGUAUACAUCACAUCCCUUUUCAUAUUCUACUUUUUCUUAAGAUACAGAUUUGAUAUUUGCGACACAAAUAUCUUUGUUUGUUUACGCAAAGGCAACUUCCUGGAAGGUCUCCUUGGAGCUGUAAUUUGCGUUGAUCUGGAAUAACUGCCGGUGCCUCUAUUGCCAAGUAAAUGUAUUCCAAGUAUGGAAACUGAAUUCCAUUUGUUGCAUAGUAGAUGUAGAUGGAAAGAUUUUACAACCGUGCGAUUGCAAGCUAUGUAAAUAUUAUUAGAUUAUUACCAAUAUCAACCUAGUACAAUGUGAGUUACCUUGCGAAUUCCCGUAUUGCUCACAUGUCUAACAUAAGUUAAGUUUGACUAAGGUAAAUUACGCAGUUCCUUAGGUCUUAGGAAAACUAAGCAGCAGUCACGUCUCAAGGAUUUAAACUGUUCCCCUGAUAAAAGGCAGCUUCUCUUAUAGGUAUUAUUAAGACGUACAAAAUUAUUCACGAUAUGCUAAUAAACGACAUUUUUUCUGUCGUGUAUUGUCUUCUCUCGUAUAAAACAAGAGACGACCAAAGGUGCAGUCGAUUAUUUUCAGUUUCUUCUAAAUAGAACACGUAUCGUGCUCAUGCUGCAAUUCAGGCAGCCGUAAAUCCUUCCGCAGUCAUGCACAGACAACCUGAGUAAAGGUUGGCAGAGAAGAAUGCGAUCUGCGCGUGCUAUGCCUUUCGAAUACAUUUAAAUAUGUUAAAUGCUUGUCGAAUAGAGAUGUGAUCUUGUAGACCGUCGGUUAGUAAAUGAUUUAUGUCUGAGUCUCAUCUAUUCGUAGAUAAUGAUGUAUAUAAAUAAACUUGCCUGCAAACAUA